CUACAUUUUACAGGCAUUUAUAUUGAUUUACCCACGCGGUAGCUGCAAGAAUAUCUGGAAGCUUCUAAGUCCGUAUAUAUGCUGCAGUAGAGACUUAAAACAUUGCAUGGAGGAGACUUACAACACAGUAGGAGACACAGCGCUGCACUGGGGGGACAUUCUGUCUAUUUCCAUAUAUUUCCUGGCCGUUUUAUGCGUCGGAUUAUGGAGCUCCUGCAGGAACCGUGGCAGUGUUGGAGGAUACUUCCUGGCGGGAAGGAACAUGCACUGGAUGCCUGUUGGAGCCUCCUUAUUUGCCAGUAACAUAGGGAGCAUCCAUUUUGUUGGCCUAGCAGGCUCGGGAGCAGCCGGUGGUCUGGCUAUUGCUGUGUAUGAGCUUAAUGCUAUAUUUGUGGUCUUGCUGCUAGGAUGGUUGUUUGUGCCAGUCUACAUAGCAUCGGGGGUCUUUACACUUCCUGAGUACCUACAAAAACGGUUUGGAGGCUCGCGUAUCCAGAUCUACCUGGCGGUGAUGUCCAUGAUAAUGUACAUCUUCACCAAGAUCUCGGCUGAUUUGUAUAGUGGCGCCAUCUUCAUUGAGCAGGCGAUGAACUGGAAUCUCUAUGUUGCAAUACUUGCCAUCUUGUCCAUUGCAGCCCUCUUCACAAUUACAGGUGGAUUGACGGCAGUGAUAUGGACAGACUUCAUACAGACCAUCAUAAUGUUGAUAGGAGCUGUUGCUCUCAUGAUAUUAGGUUUUGCUGAGGUGGGGGGUAUUCAAGGCCUGAGAGAGAGCUACCCUAAUGCUAUAUCCAACUCCACCAAGUAUGGCAACAGUACUUGUGGUCUCCCCAGAGACGAUUACUGGAACUUAUUACGUGAUCCAGUCAAGUCAGAUUUACCUUGGCCAGGUAUAAUUGGGUUGACCAUUAAUUCUAUAUGGUAUUGGUGUGCUGACCAGGUGAUAGUCCAGCGUGUUCUUGCCUCCAAGAACUACACCCAUGCCAAGGCAGGCUGUCUCUUCACGGGGUAUCUCAAGAUAUUGCCAAUGUUCCUGCUUGUGAUGCCAGGGAUGAUUGCAAGAGUUCUGUUCCCAGACACGGUGGGCUGCUCAGACCCAGAAGUCUGCUUGGAGGUUUGUGGUAGCAGGUCUGGUUGCAGUAAUAUAGCGUACCCGUCACUGGUGCUGAACCUGAUGCCUCCAGGUGCUCGUGGUUUGAUGUUGGCGGUGAUGCUGUCUGCUCUGAUGACAUCGCUGACAUCAAUAUUCAACAGUAGCAGUACCAUUUUUACCAUGGAUCUGUGGACAAGAAUUCGGAAAAAGGCAUCUGAUGUUGAACUCAUGAUAGUGGGCAGGCUAUUUGUCGUCUUCUUGGUGGUCGUUAGUAUCAUCUGGAUUCCGGUGUUGAAGGCGUCCGAGGGCAACCAACUCUAUGUAUACAUACAGGAGGUCUCCAGCUUUCAACAGCCUCCCAUAUGUGCUGUUUUCCUUCUGGCUGUCUUGUGGAAGAGAAUCAAUGAGAAGGGUGCCUUUGCUGCAUUAAUGAUUGGCUUCUUGACAGGUAUGGGGCGUUUCGUUUGGGAGUACUCGUACUCUGUGCCGGGAUGUGGUAUGCCAGGGGAGGACCCUAGGCCCAGCAUCAUCAAGGACUUUCACUAUUUAUACUUUGCCAUCUUUCUCUUCCUUCUGACCAUUCUGACUGCAGUGGUGGUCAGUUUGAUGACAGAACCAAUCAAAGAUGACCAUCUUCACCGACUAACAUUCUUCAGUCGCAACAGCAACAAAGUUCGCAUUGACAUUGACUUGGCCAACUCUAGGUCAGACUCUUCCGAAAGUAGUCAGGGUAUUGUGGAACUGAAAAACACAAAACUUGUAACAAAGGACAAUGUGGUAAAACAGGAUGAAACAGACACAGGUCAGGCAGGCCAAGGGGAUGGCCAAGUGAUAAUGGUGGAUGAGGAGAUGAAAACAGAUGUUCUAAAGAACCGAGCUGACCAUGAGAUGACAAAGGAAAAAGACGAGAAAGUGUCCUUGGUUGGUGACAAGAAAAAUGGGGACCAAAGAGACAUGUCUGUGACAAAGAAGAAUGGGGAUGUUGAGGAUCCUGAGAGAGAUGUGAAAUAUGAAGGUGACCGUUCUCUGCCAUGUUGGAAACGAGCACUCCAGUGGCUGUGUGGUAUUGAGUCCCAUCCUGAAAUUCAGUUAACAGAGGAAGAAAAGAAAGCCGCAGAGCAGAAACACAUGUCUUUAGCGGAGGACCAUCGGUGGAAAUUAUUCUGUAAUUUCAACGCUGUGCUCCUGAUGUCCGUGGCAAUGUUCUUGUGGGGAUUUUUUGCUUGAGUGUUUUGUGUGUGUGUAGUUUUAUUUUCAUUCAUUAAGAAACCAGGUUAAUAUUAUUUUAGACUUUAUGAUUAUUCGUUUUAAGUUUCUUGUCUUUAUUUUGUAAUUGAGAUAUUAUAAUGGUAUGAUAUAUUUUCAUGAUAGCUGCCAGUCUGUUGUUCUGUUUUACUUUCAACUUCCAUAAAGUGCUUUUUUUUUAUUAAAAAAGCAGACUAAGAAAACAUCAGCAAAGCCGUAUAGUCUUUGUUAUAUACUUCAUGUUUUUGCAUUUAAUGUCCCAUACAUGCUCAGUAGAUGUUUUACUUGAAAUAUAUUGCAUUAAUGGGAGGAGUUGCUUUACAAAAAUGCAUACCAAGAUUACAAAUUGUAUUAUCAAAUUAUUAUUCUUCCAGAAAUGCACAUAUCUUCGUGGUACUUGACAUGACUUAUCAGAUUGCCAUUGUCCAAUAUAAGAGAUUAAAAGGCUUAAUUCAGGUUUUUCAUAUUUGGACUACCAUUUUUGUAUAUUAUACAACAUGGCUCACAAAAAUGAAUAUUUUAUGCCAGAGGCAUUGUCGUGUAGUCAAACCAACCAAUUAAAAUGUGUUGACAUAUUAUAUAAUAAAUAGUUUUUGAGAAUUUAAAUAUUUUUUAUUCAUGCAAUAUAGAUAUAGACAUAUUUAAUUAAAAUAUUUGUGUAUCCCUUACAUAUGUUAUAAAACUAAAGUAAAACAACAUGUUCUAUAUCUUUUAGUUUCUGAAUGUUUUUCAGGUACUGAUUUAGUUUAUGUAUAUGUUAACAUAUUUUUCAGAAAUAUAAAAUCAGCAGUUGGACUGCAAACGGUAUUUGUUGUCCUGCUUUUAUUACAUAGAGCAAGUGCAGUAGUGUCUAUUUAGUGUUUACUCUAUAAUUGGUCAGAACUUGGCAGUAUUUUUUAUAUUUUUUUGUCGGUGAACUAUUUUUAUUAUCCUUUUUAUACAUUUUCAUAAUUCUGAAAGAGUAGUAUUAAACCCCUGCAAAGAUGUUAACAUUAACUUGUAUGUUGAAUUAUGUUAUAGGGCAACAUUUAAGGUAUACAGUGAGCAUUAGACUUUGGAGACCUGAUUAGAAACAAACUCUGAUCACUUGUUGCAGAAAAUUUAUGUUGAUAAUUUUUUAGUUUUUAAUUACAUAAUUUACUACUCAUUUAUUCGUAAAUGAGCAAGACAGGGCAAUCGCCAUUUCAGAACUAGUGAUGGGGGUAUAACCUGGCGAAUUUUUUUAAACUAAUUUUGAAAAAAAUAGAUUGAGUAUCAUCUCCAGGGGCUUGGAUUGAGUGCACAUCAGGGUUGUAAAGAGAAUUUGUAAAAUAUCUUUAAAAAUUUUAUUUUAUUUUUCAUUUAUUAUUUUUAUUAACAAUAUUAUGAUAACUUUUUUAUCAUAAUAUAAACAAAGGUCAAUUGCUCAUUGUGUAUCAUGAUGUGUUCUUUACAGUAAUUAAAUCAUCAUAAAACAUUUGAUCUGUCUCUAAUAGAUUAGCCUUAACUUUUGGCGCUAUUUUAAUCUGCAACCAAGCAGGUCUGACUUUAGGUAAGUCAUAGAUGUCAUCUUCUAGAAGCUAUUUCUGCCCCAGGUUUUAUAAUAUAGGUUCAGAUGUUCCAUUGUUGUGUUUGUAUAGCCAGUGCUUCCAUCUAGGACGAUGUUUUUUUUUUUUUUUUUUCAAUUAAAGGAUGAAGCUUUAAAGGAAAUGUUCAAAUAAUUUAAUGUAAGUAAAAUAAAAAAAACUGAAAUUGUUGAUGAUAGUAAUUGAGAAUGAGGAGAGAGGAACAGUGCAAUGUAAUCCCCAGACCAUGUUAUUGUCAGGAAAGAAAUGUUAUUCCAUUUCAUUAUUGAAGGAUAGGACAAAUCAGAUUUCUUCCCCCCAAAGAAGUUGCAAGGCACAUUGUUACUUGUUUAUAUGAAUGAAAUUGUUGAAAAUUUAAUUGUUUUUAAAAUGGGAUAAAAGGGAUGUGUCAGAAAUUAAUGAAAAUAAUUGGUUUUGAAAUAAAUGUUACUCCAGUGCUUUCGUUGAUGAUUGAUAUUAAAUGGAACAUUGCGGCAGCUAUGUAUUUGCCAGAUUGUUCUGAUAUUGCUCAACUGUGUGAAAUUGCACGUCUCAAGUUUCAGGGCUUUGCUGUCUUAAGUCCUGAUACCUGUGGAUAAUCAAUGAUUGGUUUUAUACGUUGUUUUACAACAAGGAGUACGAUGAAACUUUAUAUGUUGCAGAAACUUGGUGUAAUACUGAGAAAAACAUAAGUGUUAAAUGUUUCAAAUUUGAAAAUUUCAGUGAAUGUUUAAUGUUUAUGAAGUUUCAGAGGCAGUUGAUUGUAAUUGUAUAUCGAGGGUUAGAUUGUAUUUCUUGUGUUAAAAUGAAAUAUAUUUAUUUCGUUGAGAUAAAUUGUUCGAUUCCUUAUUACAAGCAGGGGACUCGGGGUAAUUAAUUUGUAUUUUUGGAGUCUGAUAUGUUAUAUUGUAGAAAUUAACCCUUCUCCCCAUGUACAGUGAAAUCUUAAGCAAAAUGAAAAUAAAUGGUCAUAUUUUAAAAG